CAGCGCUGUGACAGACGCCUCCUGCCGAGGGGAGAGCCGCGAUUCCGAGGGCGCGUCCUCCCCGCCCGCCUGACACUCUCCCCCGCCGGACGCCGCUUUCCUCGGGAGCCGGAGCCCAAGGGAAGGAAGCAGAGGGCCGCCGCUCAUCUUCCCGGCUGACCAGGUCUUCCCGGAGUGGCGAGCGUGUGGAGCUGGCGCUGGAAGCCGUAGCCUGCGGUGAAGUGGCCAUGGCGAGUGAAGGCAGACAAGUUGUUCAGCCAACAGGUGAUGAUGGAGGAGGAGCGGGAAAAGAAGGAAAUGCUGCUGAAGGGGGAAGUGUGCUGCAGCCUUUGAAUCCAGGAGUCCCUAUCCGAGGCAUCAAGAUGAAAUUCGCUGUGCUGACAGGACUGGUGGAAGUUGGUGAAGUGUCCAACAGAGACAUAGUUGACACUGUGUUUAACCUGCUUGUUGGGGGCCAGUUUGACUUGGAAAUGAACUUUAUCAUCCAAGAAGGAGAGGGCAUCACCUCCAUGGUGGACUUACUGGAUAAGUGUGAUAUCACCUGCCAGGCUGAGGUUUGGAGCAUGUUUACAGCAAUACUGAAGAAAAGCAUACGGAAUCUCCAGGUCUGCACAGAAGUGGGGCUUGUGGAACAAGUGCUCAGGAGGAUUGAUAGAGCUGAAAACAUGAUUGCAGAUCUCUUAGUGGACAUGCUGGGUGUGUUGGCUAGCUAUAACCUGACAGUUCGAGAGCUGAAGUUAUUCUUCAGCAAGCUGCAAGGAGAAAAAGGGAGAUGGCCACCACAUGCUGGGAAGUUACUGUCUGUGUUAAAACACAUGCCUCAGAAGUAUGGACCUGAUGCCUUCUUCAACUUUCCAGGAAAAAGUGCUGCAGCUAUUGCCUUACCUCCUAUAGCCAAGUGGCCAUACCAGAAUGGAUUUACUUUCCACACUUGGCUAAGAAUGGAUCCUGUAAAUAAUAUUAAUGUGGAUAAGGAUAAGCCUUAUUUAUAUUGUUUUCGAACAAACAAAGGACUUGGUUAUUCUGCUCACUUUGUUGGAGGCUGCUUGAUUGUAACGUCCAUAAAAUCAAAGGGAAAAGGUUUCCAGCACUGUGUAAAAUUUGAUUUCAAGCCACAAAAGUGGUACAUGGUGACUAUAGUGCACAUCUAUAACCGCUGGAAGAACAGCGAACUCCGGUGUUAUGUGAACGGGGAACUGGCAUCUUAUGGGGAAAUAACGUGGUUUGUCAACACCAGUGAUACAUUUGACAAAUGUUUCCUGGGCUCUUCAGAAACAGCAGAUGCCAAUCGAGUGUUUUGUGGGCAGAUGACAUCUGUUUACCUUUUUAGUGAGGCUCUCAAUGCUGCUCAGAUCUUUGCCAUUUAUCAGCUUGGCCUGGGAUAUAAGGGAACGUUCAAGUUCAAGGCAGAAAGUGAUCUCUUCCUCGAUGAACAUCACAAAUUGUUGCUAUAUGAUGGCAAACUCUCCAGUGCUAUUGCUUUUAUGUACAAUCCAAGGGCUACAGAUGCACAGCUGUGUCUAGAGUCAUCCCCUAAGGAUAACCCUUCUAUUUUUGUUCAUUCACCACAUGCCCUCAUGCUGCAGGAUGUGAAAGCAGUCUUGACACACUCGAUCCAAAGUGCCCUGCACUCCAUUGGAGGAGUUCAGGUGCUUUUCCCUCUCUUUGCACAGUUGGACUAUAGGCAAUAUUCCUCAGACCACAUUGAUACAACUGUUUGUUCUACUUUACUGGCAUUCAUCAUGGAGUUGUUGAAGAACUCUAUUGCUAUGCAAGAACAGAUGCUUUCCUGUAAAGGUUUCCUUGUGAUAGGAUACAGCCUAGAAAAGUCUUCCAAAGCCCACGUUACCAGAGCUGUGCUAGAACUUUGCCUUGCCUUCUCGAAAUACCUGAGCAAUUUACACAAUGGGGUGCCCCUGCUAAAGCAGCUGUGUGAUCAUGUUCUCCUGAAUCCUGCAAUAUGGAUUCAUAUCCCAGCACAGGUUCAGCUGACCUUGUACACUUACCUGUCGACUGAGUUUGUUGCCACUGUUAACAUUUAUGGAGCAAUCCGGCGGGUUGGGACAGUUCUGUUGGUCAUGCACACCCUCAAGUAUUAUUACUGGGUGGUGAACCCUCAGGAUCGCAGUGGGAUAACUCCCAAGGGCAUAGAUGGGCCACGGCCUACUCAGAAGGAGAUUCUAUCCCUGCGAGCAUUUUUGCUGAUGUUCAUUAAACAGCUAGUGAUGAAGGACUAUGGAAUAAAAGAAGAUGAAUUACAGGCUAUCCUCAAUUACCUACUUACUAUACAUGAGGAUGACAAUCUAAUGGAUGUCCUGCAGUUGCUGGUUGCUCUGAUGUCAGAGCAUCCUGGUUCUAUGAUCCCUGCAUUUGAUCAGAGGAAUGGAUUACAGGUUGUCUACAAGCUUUUAGCAUCACAAAGUGAAGGCAUCAGGGUGCAAGCUCUGAAAGUGAUGGGAUAUUUCUUAAAGCAUCUUGCUCCGAAGAGAAAAGCUGAAGUCAUGCUUGGACAUGGAUUGUUCUCUUUGUUGGCUGAAAGGCUGAUGCUUCAGACAAGCUUAUUCACCAUGACCACGUACAAUGUCCUGUUUGAGAUUCUGACUGAACAGAUUUGCACUCAAGUAAUACAUAAACAACAUCCUGACCCAGAUUCAACGGUGAAGAUACAAAAUCCUCAGAUUUUGAAGGUUAUUGCAAUCCUGAUCCGUAAUUCUCCACAGUGUCCAGAAACUCUGGAGGUCCGGCGAGCCUUUCUCUCAGAUAUGAUUAAACUGUUUAAUAACAGCAGAGAAAACAGGAGGAGUUUGUUGCAGUGCUCUGUCUGGCAGGAGUGGAUGCUUUCCCUUUGUUGUUUUAAUCCAAAGACUUCUGAGGAGCAGAAGAUAACUGAGAUGGUGUACACCAUAUUUCGGAUUUUGCUGUACCACGCGAUAAAAUAUGAGUGGGGUGGCUGGCGUGUGUGGGUGGAUACACUGUCAAUCACACAUUCAAAGGUGACUUUUGAAAUGCACAAGGAGAGUCUUUCCCAAAUGUACAAGGAGUACCAAGGGAAAGGAGGUGAAGGGAGUGGAGUACAUUCUUCAACUCCAAUUAGAACAAUCUCUGGGAUUAGCAAAGAAGCUGAAACCAUGGGAAAACAACAAUCUCUGGAGUUAGAAGAAAAUGCUGCUGCUCAUUCUUGCAUUACUGCUGGUGAUACGCAGUGCAGAACUGAAAAAAAUGAGAAAGAAAACUCAUCAGAUGGUGGGCAACAAACUCAUUCAGUGUCUAAUCAUAAGGAGGAAUUAGAGGGGGAGGAUAUGGGUACUACAAAGGAUUUAAAAGCAGUGCCUUGUGUGGAAUUUUCUCCAGAACCAGAAACAGUGAAGGCCAGUGUGUCAGAAAUCAGUACUGGAAUAGCUGAAGCAAUUGAAGAUUUUAACAAAGCUGUUGAGCUUGUGGAAGAAACAGUUGCUGUCACUGCUGCCUCUUUAGCCAUGCAAACCCCUGUGGAAGGAGAAACUCCCACUAGUCCAGAAAGACUGGAAAAAUUAUCAGGAGAGGUGGAAGAUGAAGAUGACUUUGUUGAUUUGAAAGAUGAAAGUAGUUUGUCUUUACCUUCAGAAGAACUUGCAGAAAGAAACAAGGAAUGUGACUCUAAUGCAAGCGAAGUGACAAAGCAGGAAGAAACACCAGAGAAGCAACCUGAACCCGGGCGUUUAAAAUCUGAGGGUACUGAAAGUGUGGAUGAGAAGAAACAAGAGCUGACUUUGCCAGAGAUGGUGAGUUCUGCAGUUCCAGAAGUAGUAACUCAGCCAGAUUCAGCAGGAAAAAAGAAGCUGAAGGAAGGAAAUGUAAUUACUAGUGAAACCAAAACAACUGUGGAAAACGCAAAUGCACAUGUGGCAGAACCUGCUGGAGCCUCUGACAAAAGAAUUGCCAAGCUUGAUGUCUCCAGUGUUGCAUCAGAUACAGAAAGACUGGAGCUGAAAGCUAACAUGUGUCUAGAAGCACCUCUGCCCCCCAGAUCCAUGCCUGAGAGAUACCUCCUAACGGAUGCUCUUCAGUCUGCACCAUUCUUCCUUAAAGGAGGAAAACCAUUUUCUACAGCAACAUAUUCUACCCCCCUGCCCUCAAGACAGCAGGUUUCCUCAGGACAGGAGCUGGCUGCUCCAUCGGAUGGGCAGAGGAGGGACAUGAGGUCAGGUGUGUUCCGUAUUCCCGAGUUCAAGUGGUCACUGAUGCACCAGCGCCUGCUCACAGACCUGCUCUUCUCCAUAGAAACAGAUAUUCAGAUGUGGAGAAGCCAUUCUACAAAAACUGUGAUGGAUUUUGUGAAUAGCAGUGACAAUGUGGUGUUUGUGCACAACACAAUCCAUCUCAUCUCUCAAGUGAUGGACAACAUGAUCAUGGCCUGUGGUGGUAUCUUGCCAUUGCUUUCUGCUGCCACAUCUGCUACUCAUGAAUUGGAGAAUAUUGAGCCAACUCAAGGACUUUCAGUAGAAUCAUCUUUAACAUUUCUCCAGAGAUUAAUCAACCUUGUAGAUGUGCUAAUUUUUGCAAGCUCUCUUGGUUUCACUGAAAUUGAGUCUGAGAAAAAUAUGUCAUCUGGAGGAAUUCUGCGACAAUGUCUUCGUCUGGUGUGUGCAAUAGCAGUAAGAAAUUGCUUGGAGUGUCAGCAGCAUGCACAGAUAAAGCCUAUUGGAGACACUGGCAAGAAUAAAAAAGCAGUGCAAGGUUUUGUAGGAUCAGGAAAAUCUGCAGCAAAGAGUCCAGUGGACAUUGUGACUGGUGGCAUUUCUCCAAUAAGGGACCAUGACAGACUUCUGCAGGAUAUGGAUAUUAAUCGCCUCCGAGCAGUAGUGUUCAGAGAUAUAGAAGAUAGUAAACAGGCUCAGUUUUUGGCUUUGGCUGUUGUAUAUUUUAUUUCUGUGCUCAUGGUUUCGAAAUACAGAGAUAUACUGGAACCCCAGAAUGAAAGACGACCACCAAACCAAAGCCAGUCACUCAAGGAAUCAGAAAAUGAAAAUGAGACUCCUGCUGCAGUCGUGGAAAGCCCAUCUGUUGCUCUUGGUGCUUCAGCCUCUACUGAAGAUUCAGAAAGUACAGCAUCUAUGCAGAGAAGGGAUUCUGGUCUUGGGGAGGAAGCAGCUCCAGCACAAACAAACUGUUCAGGUGGUGCUGCUGAAGCAGGACCUCUGAGUGUCAGUGCAGGUCCAGAUGCAGUCAGUGAAGUCCUGUGCACGCUCUCGUUAGAAGUCAAUAAAUCUCAGGAGAGCGGAAGUGAGACAGGAACUGAAGAGAGUAAAUCUGUGGCUUCUGUGCCAGCUGCAAAAAAUGUCAAUGUGAAGGACAUCUUGAGAAGCCUGGUGAGCACACCAGCUGAUGGGACUGCAGUGGAUGCUGCUCUUCUGCCACCAACCUUCCUUGGAGUUCUUGGUGACGGAGCUGCUGAGCAGCCUGUGCAGUUCCAUUCCUUUGACAGGAGUGUUGUUGUACCUACGAAGAAAUCAAGCAUUUCAUCUUCUACAGCUUCUAUUGGUGCUCCUACAAAUGCUGUCAGUGUGGUUUCUUCUGUAGAUUCAUCCCAAGCCCCAGAUUUGUCAGGAGAAUCUCCUGGAAGGGGAUCAUCUAAUUCAAAAUUGCCAUCUGUUCCUGCAGUUUCUUCAGUGCCUGAGGAUUCUGUCUCCAAUAUGAGUAUUACAGACAGGCUUGAGCAUGCUUUGGAAAAAGCUGCCCCACUUCUGAGAGAGAUUUUUGUGGAUUUUGCUCCCUUUCUUUCUCGGACUCUUUUGGGCAGCCAUGGGCAGGAGUUGCUGAUAGAAGGUACAAGUCUUAUGUGCAUGAAACCUAGCAGUUCAGUUGUGGAGCUGGUGAUGCUCCUUUGCUCUCAGGAGUGGCAAAACUCUAUACAGAAAAAUGCUGGCCUGGCCUUUAUUGAGCUUGUCAAUGAAGGAAGGCUGCUGAGUCAAACCAUGAAGGAGCAUCUGGUACGAGUGGCUAAUGAAGCAGAAUUUAUCCUGAGCAGACAGAGGGCAGAGGAUAUUAACCGCCAUGCUGAAUUUGAGUCACUGUGUGCCCAGUACUCUGCAGACAAACGGGAAGAAGAAAAAAUGUGUCAUCAUUUGAUCAUGGCAGCCAAGUACCGGGACCAGGUGACUGCAACACAACUAAUACAAAAAAUCAUCAACAUCCUGACUGACAAGCAUGGAGCCUGGGGAAGCUCUGCACCAAGUCGUCCUCAUGAGUUCUGGCGCCUCGACUACUGGGAAGAUGACUUGCGGCGCCGGCGACGAUUUGUGCGUAACCCCCUCGGAUCGACACAUCCUGAAGCGACACUCAGGGCAGCCGGAGAACAUGGUCAGUGUAAAAUCUUCCUCCUGCCACCAGCAGCAGGUUACAGGAUGUGGUGGGAAAGGCUGGAUGUUCUUCCUUGUAGGAUGCUAGCAAAUGGUCCCAAAGCAAAGGCUCUUGGCUUUGCAUUUCAGGCGUGUUUUCCGUACAGAGAUAACCUGGCCGUUCCCUCACAGCAGCAGCAGCGCUGGUGUUUGCUCAGCCCCUUCUUUCCAUCUCAGCUGAGCUGGCACGUUGUGCAUACCUUGCAUACAACAAUUACAGCACAGCCCCAACCAGACAGAAGAAAAGUGGAUGCAAUUUUGCCAUUAAUCCAGGGACAGACUUCCCUUGUGAAUUACUGCAUACAUACAUGCAUGCAUAUGACCACACAAAUUGUGUGUGGGGAUAGAUUUUAUGCUGGAUGGGGGAUUAAAACAGUCGGUAACAUUUCCAUCAAGGCAAUAGAUGGAGUUCAGGACUUUGUGGCUGCAAGGGACCAGCAGGUGAUCAUCUCCAAUUUCGUGGCGGCAGUGCCGGAAGGCGAUGGGAGCGCUGCCGGGGCCGUGUGGGACGGGAAUGUCACUGCCCGGGCACGGCGGGGACACAUUCCCCGGCCCGGUGACCGUGUGCGGGGCGGAACAUGGCUCCAAGCGUGCUUGGCCACUUCCCUUCCAUCCCGAAAAUCCCAGCGUGAGCCCAGAAAUGGCCCGUGGGAGGCCGGGGUAGCGGGUGGCCGUGUCCCCUGGGAGCAGGUGCCAGCCGCCAUCCCGGGGCAGAUUGGCCCCCUCACGCCCUGGCAUGGAGGGGUGGGGGCUUUCCUGCCUCCCGAGCUCGGCUUGCCGCCAGCGGGAGCGGGAGGGAUGAGGGGCGGCAGCUCCAGCGCCGCUCCGGCUUGUCCCGGCUGCCGGGCUGUUCCCGGCGGGCCGCGGCAGGAGCAGCCCCGGUGCCGGGGACUGAGGGCCCGGGCCGCGGCAGGAGCAGCCCCGAUUCUGGCAUAUACAGAAGGACUCCACGGAAAAUGGCUCUUCUCAGAGAUUCGAUCUAUCUUUUCCCGACGUUACCUCUUGCAAAAUACAGCACUGGAGAUAUUCAUGGCAAAUAGAGUGGGUGUCAUGUUCAACUUCCCUGAUCAAGCAACAGUGAAGAAAGUGGUUAACUGUCUACCUCGGGUUGGUAUUGGUACCAUCUUUGGACUACCCCAGACCAGACGCAUUUCUUUGGCUAGUCCACGACAGAUCUUCAAAGCUUCCAAUAUGACUCAGCGGUGGCAACACCGAGAGAUUUCCAACUUUGAAUACUUGAUGUUUCUAAACACUAUAGCAGGUCGAACUUACAAUGAUUUGAAUCAGUACCCUGUCUUCCCUUGGGUUAUCACCAACUAUGAGUCAGAGGAAUUGGACCUCACACUUCCUAGCAACUUCAGGGAUUUGUCAAAGCCUAUUGGAGCUUUGAACCCAAAGAGAGCAGCAUUCUUUGCUGAGAGAUAUGAAUCAUGGGAAGAUGAUCAGGUCCCAAAAUUUCACUAUGGCACUCAUUAUUCUACAGCAAGUUUUGCACUCACGUGGUUGUUAAGGAUUGAACCCUUCACAACACUUUUCCUAAAUCUACAAGGUGGGAAGUUUGAUCAUGCAGAUAGGACAUUUUCGUCUAUUUCAAGAGCAUGGCGCAACAGUCAGCGUGACACUUCUGACAUCAAGGAAUUGAUUCCUGAAUUUUAUUACCUCCCAGAGAUAUUUGUCAACAGCAACAAUUACAAUCUGGGAGUGAUGGAUGAUGGAACAGUGGUGUCUGAUGUUGAACUUCCACCGUGGGCCAAAACCCCAGAAGAAUUUGUUCGCAUAAACAGGCUGGCAUUAGAAAGUGAGUUUGUUUCCUGCCAGCUUCACCAGUGGAUUGAUCUUAUUUUUGGCUACAAACAACAAGGACCAGAGGCUGUUAGGUCCCUGAAUGUAUUCUACUAUUUGACUUACGAAGGAGCUGUUAAUUUAAGUUCAAUAACGGAUUCUGUACUGAGAGAGGCUGUGGAAGCUCAAAUACGAAGUUUUGGACAGACCCCUUCCCAACUGCUCAUAGAACCACAUCCUCCAAGAAGUUCUGCCAUGCAGGUGUAUCUCCUCCUGCAGAGCCCCUUGAUGUUCACAGAGCAAGCCCAACAGGAUGUUAUCAUGGUCCUGAAGUUCCCGUCCAACUCCCCGGUCACUCACGUGGCUGCCAACACCCAGCCUGGCCUGACUACUCCUGCUGUGAUCACGGUCACUGCAAACAGGCUCUUUGCUGUGAACAAGUGGCACAGCCUCCCUGCUCAUCAAGGUGCUGUACAAGACCAGCCUUACCAGCUGCCAGUGGAAAUCGAUCCUCUCAUAGCCAGCAAUACAGGUAUGCACAGGAGGCAAAUCACUGACCUUUUAGACCAAAGCAUUCAGGUACAUUCCCAGUGUUUUGUCAUCACCUCUGACAAUCGUUACAUCUUGGUCUGUGGCUUCUGGGACAAGAGUUUCCGCGUUUACUCUACUGACUCAGGUAAACUGAUGCAAGUAGUGUUUGGCCACUGGGAUGUUGUGACCUGUCUGGCUCGUUCUGAGUCCUACAUCGGGGGGAAUUGUUACAUCCUCUCAGGAUCUCGGGAUGCAACCUUGCUGCUCUGGUACUGGAAUGGCAAAACCAACAUCAUCGGUGAUAACCCAAGAGGUGAUUUCGCAACUCCUCGAGCUGUUCUGACAGGACAUGACUAUGAGAUCACCUGUGCUGCCAUUUGUGCUGAGCUUGGCCUGGUAAUAAGUGGUUCAAAAGAAGGACCAUGUCUUAUACAUUCUAUGAAUGGAGAUCUACUGAGGACAUUAGAAGGUCGUGAAAGAUUACAAGGUCCCGAAAGCUGCCUGAGACCAAAACUUAUUCAAGCUUCCAGAGAAGGCCACUGUGUCAUAUAUUAUGAAAACGGCCUCUUCUGUGUGUUCAGUGUGAAUGGGAGACUGCAGGCCACUAUGGAAACAGAUGACAAGAUAAGGGCCAUUCAGCUGAGUCGGGAUGGACAGUAUCUGCUGACAGGUGGAGACAAUGGGGUUGUCAUGGUCUGGCAGGUGUGGGACCUCAAACGGCUCUUUGCUUACCCAGGGUGCGAUGCUGGAAUCCGAUCCAUGGCCCUGUCCUAUGACCAAAGGUGCAUAAUGACUGGAAUGGCGUCCGGGAGCAUCGUGGUUUUUUACAAUGAUUUCAAUCGCUGGCACCACGAGUACCAAACCAGGUACUGACCUUCCCAGAGGCUGGGACAAGCACUGACAGGAGCAGCUGUGGCCAGGAGGGAGCUGCACACAGCACUGCCUCCCUCGGGGUCGAGCCACCACACGGCUCCUUAUAAAUACUUCUAUUACAUCUGAAUGUAACUUAAAUUUGCUCAAAGAAGCAACCUAUUUUUUAAAGCUAAUUGCUAUUUUUGUAGACCUUGCUUGACUUUUUUGGGGAAGGGCAAAGAAGCAGAAAACCAGCUGCUGGGUUCUGUAGUUAAAAAAAAAAAUCUAUAUUUUUAGUGACAAUGAGAAAUCUAUUUUGAUCCCUGUAUGUAAACAAAACCUAAAGUAAAGAUGGUUAAAACUCACAUUCUAGCUAUAUUAUGAAGAAACAGAUGUUCCAUCUGAAGCUUUAUCUAUAACCUUGAGGAAUAUAUGAUUUUAACAUAAUGGAAAUUAAUUAUGGUAUUGGGGGAAUUUUAAUCUGUGCUAUCCAUACCACACUUUGUCUCGUACUUUUCCAAAUGACUGUACUACAUCAGCACUGAAGUUUCUGGGAAUCGAGGGGUAAUAUUUAAAUUAUGGUUAAGGUAAUUUAAACUUUGCAAAUCAUUUCCAUCGAUGUUACUCUUUAAGCAUGUUUCUAGGCCUAGACAAUUAGUUCUUUUUUAGUUGUAUGUUUCGUGCAGUUAUGAGAGAAAUCGGGAACGGAGCUUUUGUUACAUCAAGUGUGAAUCCUUUUUAGUUUCUACUUGGCAUCUCCUUCAAAGCACACCAAAAUGUGGAUUGUUCCUCCAAAUCAGAAAGCUCAUUUUGAAGGCUUCAAACCAGAAGCCCACAGAGGCAGGUGUUUUUUAGCAGGGGCAAGUUCCAAAGCACAUUUCUGCUGGUUGACUGUGAAAGCAGGGAGGCAGCAGGUGUUUGCUGGUGCACAGCCCCUAUGCAGCAGCAGGCCACUUUUUCUUUCUUUUUUCAUUAGAACAUGCCCCUGCGAUACUGUAGCACAUGCCAUAUUCCUUUUCUGCCUAUAACAACAAUGUCUUUUGUAUUUUGCUACCACCAAAUGCAGUUGGAUCCUGCCCAGUCAUAUUAAAUUACCUCUUUCUUUUAGGAAAUGAAAAAUAAUUUAUACUAUGGAACAAUAAGUUAUUUUGGUGUUGCACAAAUCUACUUUUCUACAAAAUUGCUGUGCAGAACUCUGUGAAAAUAUUUGUGAAAAGAACUGUUAUUGUUUUGUAAGUCUGUAUUGCAUAAAAAUCUUCUUUGUAUGUUGUGAUCUCUGAGUUGAAAUUUACAUUCCAUAUCUGUAUUGAUACAUACAUUUCUCUAGCUGCCUACUAGAGCAGUUCCUGGUUUUUCUAAGCAUUUAACUACUCUCUCUUUCAGUAAAGAUUUGGAAUGAGGAAAUUCAGUUUGAGUGAAUAAAUUAAAUAAAAUUACAUUUGUAAUUGAGACCUUCAGUGGAGUACUGGAUUCUUGUGAUUCAGGGUAUAUUCCUAACAGGGGAAAGGUUGCCAUGGCUGAUGUAUUUCAUGUACUUUUGGUGUGCAUGAAAUGGUAUUUUCUGUGCUUUCUGCAUUUUCAUACCGAGGUGGUUGUGGUGUAUUAGUAGUUGCAUUUUCAUGUUUUAUGUAGCACAAGGAUGAUGGGAUUAAGCAAAGUCUGUAGUGGGUCAUGUCUGUGGGAAGUGCCUGCUGUACUGGGCUCUGUAUACUGAACAUUUGUUAUGCAAAACUUGUAUUUCACAUUUCCAGAAGUUCAACAAUAUUCACGGCCUUGUACUAGCAGAGUUUGAGGGGAAAUUGGAAUGGUCUUGAACUUAAAUUUGCAUUUGCCUCAAGCCAGGGGUGGGUUUCCUAGACUGGGUGGAGGGAAAACAA